AUGACACAAAGAAUCGGAAAAGAAAAUUUAAAUGAAUGUGACAACGAUAAUAUGAGUAGUGAAAAUAAUAAUCUACUUCCAUCUAUCACGGAACAUGUAGUACAGCGUCCACCAAGACCACCUGAAUCAGCAAUGGGACCAUACUUUCAGUUUAUCACAACAGAUUUAGAAAACAUGCUAUGGAUUGGAAGUGUUUUAAUAUUUCGACAUGUUUCAUACGAGCAACCAACAAUUGAAUUUACUGCAAAGGUCAAAGUUGAUUACGAUUUGGAAAUUCUAUAUGAGGAUUUAUUCGAUAUGCGAGCUUAUCGAAUAAAUCUCAAUAUUGAAUUACCUAAAGGAAAUGCUGAUGAAAAAAUUAAUUGGAUAAUUAAUUGGGGUGAUUAUUCAACAAAUGGUCAAUUUCAUAUUGCUCAAUAUGAUCAAAAAUGGCGUGGUGCAUUUUUUUCCUGUAAUGGUUUUGAUGCUACUGUUUCGAAAGAAAUUGCAUUAGGGCUCACUUACGAUACUGUUUGGAAUCAUCUUCUUUCUUGUCAUGAACAAAAUCCAUUUCAUCUUUUAGUUUGGGGUGGUGAUCAAAAUUACAAUGAUUUUGUUAUUGACGAUGUUCCAUUCCUUCAAGAUUGGUCAAAAUUAGAAUGGGAUAAAAAAUGGACACAUCAAUUUCCAGAUGAAUCAAAACACGAAGUUGAACAAUAUUAUUUCAAUAAUUAUGCUGAACAUUGGGGACGUCGACCGGAAAUGAAAAAAGCAUUAGAAUCAAUUCCAAGUGUAAUGAUGUGGGAUGAUCAUGACAUUUAUGACGGUGCUGGAUCAUAUCCUUCAAUAAUUCUCAAUUGCCCAAUUAUGUUAGGAUUAUUGGAAAUAGCUCAAAAAAUGCGACUUCUUUUUCAACAUCAUACUACACCAGAGAAAGCACGAAAACAUCGAUUAUUUGGCUAUCAAGGUCAUAAUUUUCUUGCUCAAUGUGGCCCCAAUUUAGCACUGUUAGGUGCCGAUGGUCGUACUGAACGCGAUGAUAAAACAGUACAACAUGAGAAAACAUGGGAUUUAAUCUUCGAAAAAUUGGAUAGUGAUCUAGAAAAUGUCAAGCAUUUGAUUGUUCUAUUUGCUGUUCCAUUUACCUUUGCACGUUUUAAAAUGGCCGAAUCUAUUCUUGAAGCAUGGAAAAAAAUAUCUAUGAGAUGGCGAAAUAUUCCGUUUAGUGAACACACAAAUUCAGUUUUUGGUUUGCCUGAAAUCUAUGAUGAUCUCGUCGAUGAAUGGACACAUGAAUUACAUAUUGAUGAACGAAAUCGUGUCCUUUCUCGUUUUCAAGAAAUUGCUCAAAAGAAAAGAAUAAGAAUAACAUUUUUCAGUGGUGAUGUUCAUUGUUGUGGUGUCGGUCGAUUUAAAACUCGAGAAAAAAAUGAUCUAUCAGAUAUUAAUGAUUCAAAAUUAAUGUAUCAAAUAAUUUCAUCUGCUAUUGUUAAUAGACCACCACCAACAAUAGUUAUUCGUGUUGCUCAUUUUUUUACUGCUACAUGGUAUCCAAUCGCUGAUACUGAAGAAAGAUUUCUUGACUUUUUUACACGAGCACCAGAAAAUGGAGCAAGAUUAUUUCUUAAAAAAUUGCUUCCAAAUCGAAAUUGGUGCUAUUUUGAACAGUGUACAACAAUGGAUUCGACUCUCACUCAUAGUAUUAUUCAAACUGGUUUUCUUGAACGUUUUUUUUGGCCAAUCAUACAUUUCCUUCUAUUAUUAAUUGGUUUGGGUUGGAUUUCUGAAUGGUUAGAUCGAAAAACCACACUGCCAGUAGUACAUCGAUGUCAAAAAGAAUCAUCAUCAUUAUCUCAUUCGACUAGUGAAUUAGAAGAAGAAGAAGAAACAAAUAAUUUAAAAAUUCAAUUUUGGUUGGAAAAUAAUGAGAAAAAGAAACGUGGACCACGUUUUGCAAGUUAUGAACUAUUUAUUCCCAGUUUGAAAUGA